UCAUCAUAACCGGCCCCCCAAACCCCCAUCAUGCCUCCACGACUCCCCGCGCUGGCUCUGCCUCUGCAGAGUUCCAGCAUCCAGAUUUCGACAACUGCAUCGCCAUUGUCGUUCCUGCUCCAGCAGCAGAGUCGGAACGCUCACAUUCUCGCAUCGCUCUCCGACAACCCCGGGGCAUAUAAUAAGCGGAUUCGACGAGGUCGAGGUCCUGCUUCGGGUAAGGGAAAGACGUCCGGACGCGGUCACAAAGGUCAGGGUCAGCAUGGAAAAGUUCCUGCGGGAUUCAAUGGUGGUCAGACGCCGGAGAUUAUCGUCCAUGGAGAACGGGGGUUUCAGAAUAUAUUCUCUAUCGAACUCGCCCCCGUGAACCUCGAACGUAUUCAAGAAUGGAUUGACCAAGGCCGUAUCGACCCGACUCGUCCCAUCACUGUGCGCGAACUGGCCCAAUCGCGCUGCAUCCACCAGACCAAAGACGGCGUGAAGCUCCUCGCCAGCGGCGCCAGCUCGCUCAAACAACCCAUCAACAUCGUCGUGUCUCGCGCGUCCGCGUCCGCCAUCGCCGCCGUCGAGGCCGCAGGAGGCACCCUCACCACUCGCUUCUACACCCGCGCCGCUAUCCAGCGCAUCAUCAAAGGCGAGACGCACCCGUUCGUCUCUCUGGCGUGGACGGCCCAGAGCGGCAGCGAGGCGCUCAACCAGACCGUCGAGGAGAUCAGCGAGUCGAAAAUCAUGAAGGAGAUGGGCUUCAAGUACCGUCUUCCAGACCCGACUAACAGAAAGGAUAUCGAAUAUUAUCGUGAUCCCGCCCAUAGGGGAUACCUCAGCCAUCUGCUCAAGCCGAUGGAAGGUCCGUCGUUGUUCUUCCGCUCUCCUGCCGAUCGGAGAUCUGCUGCGGGUGUUAAGAAAGAGAAGAAAUUACCCGAGAACAGACUCUGGUAGUUUUUCUGAUUCUCCAUUUCUUUCUCUCUCUCUUUUCAGAUUUUUUUUUUCAUCUCAACGUCGCUGGAGUUUGAUAUAUUCGAAUCCUGUAUUGGUCCUCGCUUGAUAAUGCCCAUAUCAUACCUCUCCCUCCUUCCCUCCUCUAACUUCACCUCAUCUUCAUCCCGUCGGGCUACCUUUUUUAUCUUCACCCGAGAGGAUGCUGUUAUAUGUAUGUAUGUAUGUAUAGAAGAAAUAUGUCGAGCGAAAACAUUCAAAUGGAU